AUGGCGUCGUCGAAAGGCUUGAGCAACGCCGACUUUGCGCGCAUGUUCCGCAAGGAGGCGCACGAGGACGCGGCAGAUGCAUUACCAGUAAACACCAAUGAAUCUUCUUGUAUUGACGACCGCAAUUGUGAUCAACUUCCGCCUCAAGAUGCAGAUAGGAGACGUCAAAAAGAAACGGACUCGACAGCCUCCAGCCAAGACGCGACCGAGGCUUUACGAGGCUCUGGACUGGGAUACGGGAUUGAUUUAUCAUUGGAUGUAGUCUUUGAAUCUGUUCCUGGUACGGUAUCGACGGCAGGGUCUGGAAUGGGUGUUCAGGUGAACAAGACGAAGGAUAGAGCAGCUUCAGCUCGAGCUCCAGCGGCUCAUGUGACCAAGUCGAAGACUUUUGCAUGGGAAAAACACACAACAGGUUUUGGAGCAAAGAUGAUGGCUAAGAUGGGCUUCAAGGGGCGUUUGGGCAAGAAAGAGGACGGUGUGUCAGCCACUAUUGAGGUUAAAAAGCGUCCUGCACAAAUGGGCAUGGGCUACGGAGACUUUGUGGAGGCCAGUAACCUCAACCAGAACAAAAAGAUACAGAAGGAGCUGAAAGGAGAAAAUGUGGAAGAGCAGGCAGAGGAAGAAGCUCGUGGUGGUGUGGAGACUGAUGCGCUGUGGAGGAAGAGGAAGGUUGUGGCUGGUCAGAAAAGAAAGAAACACAAACGAGCGGCGGACUUAAUGCUGGAAGCUCAGAUCAUGAAGAAACAGAAAAGUGGUGAAGUCGUGCUGGAUAUGAGGGGACCGUCCGUGCGUGUGCUGUCCGAUGUGACGGCUGCCUUUGACAUAGAUCCUCAGCGGAUGAAAGCAGCAAAACCAAAGUUAGGCGAUGAGUUGCUGUACAAUACGCGUAUGGUGGUGAAUCUGGCACAAUGCAAGAUCGUCGACCUGAGUCAAAAGAUUGAUGGCAACAUGGAAAGUGUUGUUACGAUGAAGAAGGAGUUGAAGAUGAUCAAAGCGCAGCGGGAUGUGGAUGACAUUCGAUUGCAACACACGCAAACUCUUACUGACCGAUUGAAAGUACUGGAUGCAUUACACGAGCAGGCCUUGGAUUCGCGAUCGGUGGAGCGUUUGUUGUCACAUUUGCGCGAGAUUCGUCGGAAUUUCCCGCUGGAAUUUGAUGCACAUAAGUUGCAGCAGCUCGUCCCAUCUCUAUGUGUGCCUCCGCUUCGAGACUUACUCACAGAUUCCAAUCUCCUUGAGCGAACGUCGAUUGAUCGUGUCGUCUUGGAGCUCCGCAUGAUCCAAACCUUCUUGACCGAGCUGCCCAGCAGGGCUACAACCGACGCUGCCAAGUCAGCUAGUGUACUCCCCGUCAUCCGCGAGAAAACGAUGGCAGAGGGUGAUGAUUUGUAUAAUUUUGUCCUUGAGGAAACGUUGUGGCCAGCAGUAGCGCAGUGCGUGAAUGUGGAGUGGCAAGCCAAAUCGGCUCCAGCCGCUUGCGUUGACGUGUUCUUGAAAAUAAGACCACACCUUUCAGGUGAAUUCGAAGAUGCCUUUUUGCUGCAGUUGGUGCACUCUCGGCUGAGGAAAGAGUGUCAUUGCUGGGAUCCUCGCUUGGACACGAUACCAAUUCACGAGUGGUUGCUUCCUUGGCUACCUUAUCUUGGCACUGCAAUGGAGUCUUUGUACCCUGAUAUUCGGUCAGCUCUCGCAAACGCAAUGAAUCAGUGGCAUCCGUCGGAUUUGUCGAUUCUUUCUGUCUUGUCUCCGUGGAGAGAGCUUUGGGGUGAACAUGAUUAUGGAAAGUUUACUCACCGGUAUAUUGUCCGGAAACUGAUUCGUUGCUUACAUCGCGAGUUCGAAAUCAAGCCAGACAACCAAUCGUUGGUCGCUCUGACGUGGGUGUUGGCAUGGAAAGACCAUCUAUCCGACCGUCAGUUCAUUGCGUUGAUGGAGGGCGAGUUCUUUCCGAAGUGGCUGAAGGCAUUGCGGACGUGGGUUGCUGGAUCGCCAAAUUUGACUGAGCUGGACACAUGGUAUCGCGGUUGGAAGCUUUUUUUUGAGCAGAAGGGCUUAGCAACGAACGAAAGGUUGCGGGUGCACUUUCAAGGAGCGCUCGUGCUGCUGCUCGUAGCUGCUGAAACAGUUGGCGUACCAAACGAGAGUCGCCCACAACUUCCCGAAUUAAACAAGUUCGCUGCCGCAAGCUAUCAAGAUGCAUUGACGUUGGUACGGGAUGAGGUACCGCCGGCUCGAGAAGUCAAACAUUCGCCGCAACGCGCAUCCCGCAGCGUCAGUUUGCGAGACGUUAUCGAAAAUCUCGCAAUCACCCACAACGUCACCUUCGUGCCGAAGGGUUUCCACGAUGGUCAGCAACUUUAUACAUUUGGAAAGCACCAGAUAAUCAUCGAGCAAGGCGUAGUGUUUUUGGAAACACUGAAAGGUGUGUUCAAGCCCGUGGAUCUCGAGCAGCUUCUGUAG